AUGACCGCCAAUGAAUGGACGUUUUCCACCGAUGACGCGGAACUCUCACUAAUACACAUAAAGUCGGUGGACGGAUUAGAAGAUAGGCUGUCAUCCGCUCGUUCGAUAAAUGCAGAGCAAAAUGCAGGCGACAGAAUUGUGUUAGACGAGAGUUGGCCAAAAGACGCGUCGAAGAGUGUGCCCAUUCACGUCACGCAAGGCUCUACUCUGUCCAUAGGUGUUCUCAUACGUCCAAAGGCUUCAGUCGAGUCCUAUGAAGGGUGGAAGUCGAAAUACAGCGCUCUGGAGGUCAGCGUUGAAAUCCCGUAUGAUGAUGGUGCUGCUGACCUCGAGAAAUCUCCGAGAUUAGAUACGCUCGCUACCGAUGGGAUAUCACUCAAGCGCACAAUCGUUGGCAACAAUACUGAUCCUUAUGUGAUGCACGCAACAAUGGAUACAGCAGCUUUGAGCAACAGCAUGCUAGGCAUGUCGUUGCCACUCAUCGCCUACGUCAACCCCAAGAUUGACGCGGGUUGCCAAGUGCCCCCCUUCACUUUGGUUGGAGAGGUAAUCGUACGGGAGAUCCUAGGGAUCGAAACCGCCAUCAAAGACAAUCUCGUCUUGGUAACGCUGACGAAUAGAGAUGAGGAUACCGCUUACUCUCCCUAG